AUGAAGAAACUCACGCUUCGAGACGCGUUGGCGGGCGUCGUCGCGCGCGGAAAGAAGAACAAGGGCGGUAAGGCGAAGGGUAAAGUCGUCGAGGCGAAGAAGAAGGCUGAGGGGAAGAAGAAGGGCAAAAAGGGCAAAAAGGCGACGCUCGUCUCAAAGUUGGGGAAGAUUGUGUCGCGAAAGAAGCGCGAAACCGAGGCCCUCGCGGACGCCCUGGGCGACGGUUUACGCGUCGUGGACGUCGCGCGCUCGAUGUCGGCGCCGACGGCGUUGACGACCAUCGGCGCGUGCCCGCUCCUGGACCCGGUCGUUUUGGGCGACGCGAUGAACGAGGUACCGAUCGCGCGCAUCGAGGUGUGCACGGGCAAGGAUUGCAAAAAACGAGGAUCCGAAGCCAUCGUGGACGAUUUACGCGCAAACUUACCGCGAGGUUGGAAGUGCGAGGCGCGCGCCAAGUGCAUCGGCGGGUGCAAGCGCGGCGUGAACGCGCGACUCACGACGGCUAUCGGGAAGGAAACUUUUAGCCGGCUGGAUCAGGCGUCGGCGCGAGCGCUCUUCGUGCCGAUGGCGCUCGCGACGAAUGAGCUCAACGCGAGUUUCGACGACAGUUACGACGAUCUCGGUACGAGUCACGAAAUGGACGUCGCCGUGAGAGGACGACGUCGCCGCGUGCCAGUCGUCGAUGCCGCCGAGUCGAUUGAAAACGGCGCUCCUCCGGGGGAAGUUUACUGUCCUCCGGGUUUCAUUCCCAAGAUUCAAUAG